GGGAAGGGCGACGUCGCAAACCAGCUGAUUUGACAGCAUUCGUAUUGUUAUGACGAAUGUCUAAAAAAAAUCCCUAAAAAAUCUUGAUUCCGGAAGUGCGUAAGAAUUAAUGAACAAUAGAAUAGGCAAUCGAAUGUAAUCUGAACAUUGGCGCGAUACCGUCUCUAGUCAGAGUAGUCAAUGAGUGACAUGGCCAACGAUCUGAAGUUAGCGUUAGUAGUUGACUUCUGCAUGCUUCUGCGUUGAGAUUGGUGAUAGGCAGCCGCAAGUUGAGUGUAUUACCGUGCGCGAUUCUUGCCCGAGGGCGGAGAACAAUUGAUAAGCCAGAUACUUGCGAGACCAGUCAGCACCUUUUUUUUCCCCAAAAGAGUUUAUUGAAACAAACGUUAUCCAUUCAAGAUGAAGAAAAAAGUCCUGUUAAUGGGCAAGAGUGGGUCUGGAAAAACGAGUAUGCGCAGCAUUAUUUUUGCCAAUUACAUCGCUCGUGAUACCCAUCGUCUAGGAGCAACGAUUGACGUAGAACAUUCUCACGUUCGUUUUCUUGGCAAUUUGGUUUUAAAUUUAUGGGACUGUGGAGGACAGGAGGCAUUCAUGGAGAAUUAUUUUGCAUCACAACGCGAUAAUAUAUUUAGGAAUGUAGAGGUGUUAAUUUAUGUCUUUGAUGUAGAAUCAAGAGAGCUGGACAAAGAUAUGCAUUAUUACCAGAGUUGUUUAGAAGCGAUACUGCAGAAUAGCCCAGAGGCUAAGAUAUUUUGCCUAGUUCAUAAAAUGGAUCUUGUGCAAGAGGACCAACGCGAUUACAUAUUCAGGGAAAGAGAAGAAGAUCUGAAAAGACUGAGUUUACCUUUAGAGUGCACUUGCUUCAGAACUAGCAUAUGGGAUGAAACCUUAUACAGGGCAUGGUCAUCCAUUGUAUAUAUGCUGAUUCCCAAUGUGAAGGAACUUGAACAAAGCUUGAACCAGUUUGCUAAUAUUAUCGACGCGGAUGAAGUGCUUUUGUUUGAAAGAGCAACCUUUCUAGUAAUAAGUCAUUGUCAACGGCAGUUUCACAGAGACGUUCAUCGUUUCGAAAAAGUUUCCAAUAUAAUAAAGCAAUUUAAAUUGAGUUGUAGUAAGUUAGCGGCACAAUUUCAGAGUAUGGAAGUUAGAAAUACCAAUUUCGCGGCCUUUAUCGAUAUAUUUACCUCAAAUACAUACGUGAUGGUUAUCAUGUCCGACCCGACUAUACCAUCCGCAGCGACGUUAAUUAACAUACGCAACGCGCGAAAGCACUUCGAAAAGUUGGAACGUGCCAGCCAGAGCUCGGCGUUAACUAGAUAGAAGUCGGCGCGACCCAGGCGCCUUGUCACCCGGGUCCAUCCUAUUAAUAAUUGCUGAAUUUCUGGAAUCGCGUAUGGUUAAGAUAAAGCGCGAUUACGGGGAUACGAUUGUUGACAAGAUCGGGUUACAAAGUAUACUUCAAUGUAUGGCUUCUUCAAUGUGAGCGUUUAUGACAAAAUAAGUAUAUAAUCGACGUAUUCGAAAGAGGCUGACGAUUAUCACUGUAUUUCAAGCCGUAUAUUAGGAUUGUAUUGAUAUGAAUUCAUCCCACAUGUUACACGUGGAUAUGAUUUAUUCGUUAUGAUGCAUCUGCCAUUUAGCGACAUAAAAUAAUUUCCAUAUUCGCGGUUCUCUUGUUUCAUUCGGAAUUAUUUUUUAUUUUUCAAUUCAAAAGCCAUUCGUGAUUCGAAACAUGUCGCAAUAACAUCCAACGAAUGUUAGUUAUAAUUAAUCAUC